AGGGGGCGUGCUGUAGCCAAUCGGCAUUCCGACUCGGAAGGUGGUUGCAUUCACACGUCGCUUAGGCGAAAAUUUCUAAGCGAGUUCUGUUCAGCAGUAGCGCUUAAGUUAGUUCGUUUGAGAUCUCUAUACCUUAGAUAUACACACAGUAAUCAUGCAGUCUAUGAUUAUCCUCGCAGCCACCCUCUGCCUGGCCCAGGCUUCGUUCUACGCGGGCCCGCCUGCGCACAUUCAACUCAGCCCCGACGGCAAGUAUGUCCUGGACACGCCCGAAGUAGCCCACGCUAAGGCCGCGCACGCCGCCGCGCACGCGCAGGCGUCCACCGCUCACGGCGCGUGGGCACCCGCUGGAGGAUACAUUGCUGGCCCCGCUUACGGAGCUGGCGCGCACUACGGCGCUCCCGCCGCUGGUCUUCUGAAAUACGGUCCCGCCCCCCUGGCUCACGACGGCCGCGUGAUUGACACCCCCGAGGUUGCCCACCUGAAGGCUGCCCACCUCGCCGCGCACAGCGCUGCCCACGCCAACGCUGCCCACGGCGCGUACCACGGCGCUGGUCUCGCCCACGGUGCGGCUCUCGCUCCCCUCGCGUACGGCGGUCUCGGACAUGGUGCGGGUUACGCCGCUGGUUACGGCAAAUGGACUGGUCCUCAGGCCCACAUCCAGCUGACCCACGACGGCCAAUACGUAGUAGACACCCCCGAGGUUCAGCACGCGCGCGCCGUGCACCUCUCGCAGUACGCCCACGCCGCUCACGCCGCCGCCGCCGCCCCCGAGGAGCCCUGGGGCGCCCACGGACACCACGGCGGCUGGCACUAAACUCUACCUCUGACCCACGCUCACUACUGCCUGACACUAUUUUUUAUACAAAACGACCAUAAAAAGCCAAAAAAAAAUGUUGUAUAAAGUUGAAUGUGAAAUGUGUAUAAUAAUGCAAACUCUUGUAGAACGAACUUGAAAAUGUAUUAAUAAAAAAAUUUAAUAAUUUUA